AUGGCUCGUGGCAACGCAGGAAACACCAAGGUCUUCUACCAGGGCAGCAGCGAGGGCUUUGUCGUAUUCGUCGAGAGCGAGGAGCUUGUACGCAAGUGGAAGGGGGACAAGAGCAUUCCUCUCACCGAGGUCGUCGCCGGCUGGAAAAUCUUCACAUCUGAGCACGGCAAGCAAGGCAUCCUCAACGGCGCGAGCCACUUGCAGCUCGAGAACGAGUUCGGAACCAAGAAUGAGGACGACGUCGUCAAGCAGAUUCUGGAGAAGGGCGAUGUUCAGACUUCUGAGAACCCCGAACGCCAGGGCAACACCAACGACUCCAAGGGUGGCAUGGCUGCUCACUAAGCAUCAAACCCUUUGUAACGAAACUUCUAUGCAUGAUAGCGUUUUUCUAGCUUCAUUGCCGCGGUCUGGAAUAUGGCUUGGCUAAGUGGGUUGAAGGUCUUCUGCUGGAAUGCGAGGCUACCCGGAUAUCUUGAUAGGGAAUACAAUGGAAUCAUUGCAUG